AUGUAUGAUGAAGUCAUUUUUUAUUAUCACAUUAUGCUCCUGUUUAGUGCUCUAAAUUAUGGAGGUAUCGGCUCUACUAUAGCACAUGAAAUUACACAUGCAUUCGACGACAUGGGUCGACAUUUCGAUUCAACGGGACAGUUACACGACUGGUGGACGGAAACCACUAAAGAUCAUUUCGAUGAACGAGCGCAAUGCUUUGUAACACAGUACGGUUCCACAUACGAUGAUCAAGCUAAAAUGCUUUUGAACGGAAACCUGACUCUUGCAGAAAACAUUGCUGACGCUGGGGGUCUCAAAGGCGCGUUCAAGGCAUACCAGGGUACCAGAGUAGGAAAGAUAGAGAAGACCCUUCCUAAUUUAGAACAUUAUACAGGAAACCAACUUUACUUCAUUGCUUCUGCUUUGGUAAAGUCCGUUUUUGCAAAAUUUAUAAAUUAA